AUGGUUUAUGGUAGGAGUCUGAGAAAGAUAGGGGUUUCAGUGGUCUCUGUUAGCCCCGAUCCCGUCGUUGCCUUCCAACUAGCUCUAAUGGCGGCUUUAUCGCGAAGGUUCGUUUACAAAGGCGAUGGUUUUGAGCAAAACCAGGAGAACAAAAUCUUCUUUGCUUGGUUGAAGAUUACUGAGCUGAGGAACAUUGUAGCUGCUAAAAGGAUAUUAAUUCGAAGGAGAAAGCAUAAACUGAAGGUGAUUAAGUUACUUAAUCCUCAGGUGAAUCUUCUCAACAGAUGGGAACUACUGGCCAGAAGACAUCUUGAGGCUGUGGCUUCUUUGAUUAAGGUUUUGGAAGGCACGUGCCUCUACAUUCCCUUGGUCGACGGCGCUAAGGCUAAUCUUGUGAUGGUCCAUACAUCCAUUUUUGGCUCAUUGGACAUGAUGCUGGCCAUUGAAGCUGCAAUUAAGACAUUCUAUUCUAAGGCUGAGCUAUUAAAGUCAUUGUUGUGCGAGUUGGUGAAAAUCAUUCAAGAAGAAAUAGAAGGUUUGGAUGAACUGAGAAACACAAACAACUUAAUCUCUUCUCUUGAGAUGCAUGAGAUUAGCCUCCGAGGCAGCCUUAUUCAAGCAAAGAAGAAAGAAACUGCUUCUUCUCCCAAUGAGAUAAAAACAGGACUAUCAUGGCGGCAAUUCCAUCUACACUAUCGAAUUAUCUAAGUUAAAUAAUUGAUGAUGGCACACCUUCAACUUAUUUUAUGACACACUUAACGGUGUCGUUUGGCCUAAUUUUACUCACCUUGGUAUUUAAACUAUUGGGAAUGUUUAAAGUUAAAUCAACUAUAUGUAUUUGUAUCAUUUAUUUUUAUUUAAG